UUUAUUUUUAGCAACGCAGAGACAAUUUCUUACCUGCAAUAAGGCAUUCUUUAAAGCUGUAGAUUGAAUAUUAUUUUCUUUCAGAAAAGAAAUUAAAGUUGAACCAAAAUGUAUCAAGAACAACAACAGCAAGGAUAUGGGGGUCCACCCCCUGGGCAAGGAUAUGGGGGUCCACCCCCAGGGCAGGGAUAUGGGGGUCCACCCCCAGGUCAAGGAUAUGGGGGUCCACCCCCUGGUCAAGGAUAUGGGGGUCCACCCCCAGGGCAGGGAAUGCCUCCACAGCAAGGAUUUCCACCCCAGGGACAAGUUCCUGGAGCACCUGGUCAGCCAGCUCCAACACAAUGGCAGGCUGGACAGGGAGGCCCAUUCACACCUGAUGACAGUGAUGACGAUGAGAGACCAGGUCCAGCUCCCCCAGUACCAACUAAUCAGUUUGAGUUCUACUCAAAUGUUGGGAAUGAAACUAACCCACUAGCCCUUCCUCCUCCAGCUCCUCUGCCGUAUCCACCUCAAGGAGAGCCUCCCGCAAUGAACUUCAGCCAAGCUGCUAUGAUCAGUGAGGAGCAAGCAAGGGACGCCAUGCUUAAUUUUGUCGCUGAGCAUUGCUGUUAUGGCAGUGCUCCUGCAAAAGAAAUGGUGAUCACCAAGAUAUCCCCCUCAGCUGCUCUGCAUUACACCUUAAACACCUUCACAGAGGGCCGUGAGACCUUCCAUGCCUUCGAACCAUUCAGGGGUCAACAUAUAGAUGGGCCUCAUUACGGCCAGCCUCCCAUGCCUUGGCAGGUACCCUGUGAACCUGAUGGCAUGUUCAACACACACACCAAGCAUCUGAAAGUACCGCAUACCUCAGAUAUUAUUCCCUGCUUUCGCUGUAAGCACCGUGGAUGGGUAACCUGUUCUAGAUGCCAUGGCUCGGGGCGGGUGAGAUGUACCGCGUGUGGUGGAGAUGGCCGUAGAACAGUGCACAGAGAAGGACACAGUUUUCAGGAGCCUUGUCAUUCAUGUGGAGGAGAUGGCAGGCGUUGCUGCUUCCACUGUGGUGGGGAUGGGAGAGUGACUUGUAAAAGGUGUGAUGGCUACAGAGAUCUGGAGCGCUACAUCAAACUGGCUGUCAAGUUUACUAACCAUGUGGAGGAUUACAUUUUGGAGGAGACAGACAUGCCUGAUACACUGGUUCGUGAUGCAGUAGGAAUUGGAAUCUUUGAGCAAACUAUGUUGCAGGUGUGGCCAAUAACGGGGUACCCCGUCCCUCAGAUCAACAUAGCUUCAGGACAGCUUGUCCAGAAACACAGUCAAGCAUUUCCAAGUGAACGCCAACUCCAACAGAAACACAAUUUGAGAGCAGUACCAGUGUCAGAGGUCAACUACACAUGGAAGGAGGUCAACACACGUUUCUGGGUGUAUGGCAAUGACCGUCAGGUGUACGCUCCAGAUUACCCACAACAAUGCUGCUGGGGGUGCGAGAUUCUGUAAUCUGAUCUGUGAUUGGCCAGCACUGAUCAUAUGACUUGAACCCUUUUGAAUAAUCUGUGCAAGAUGUGAUUUAAUGCUGAUAAUUGCAACAUAAACUAUAUCAAAUAAUUCCUGGGAGUGAGAAUCAGAUUUUUUUACAUAUGUAUUUCUUUGAUGAUUAUUGAAAGACUAAAACUUAAUACUUUUUUGGAACAAAAUGUUCCACGACUGCAGGUAAUGUUGGAGGUGGUGUGAUGUGAAAAAAAUGAUCCAAAUCUUUGUAUAGGCAUGCACCACGUCAUAAAGUACACUUUACAUAACUUUUUGCCUGAUAGCUUGAAUUAUGGUUUAUUUCCAACAAAGUUUGUGUGAAGGAUUUAGUUUCUUUUGGUAACAGGUACAACGAAUGAACAUUUGCCCUACCUCAUCUUCAUCGAACUAAACACAAUUUCUGGUAGCUCAAUGAAUCUAACUGUGGUUUAUUAUUGCAGAAUUUUGUUCUGAAAAGUUAUUUAUACAUUCACAAUGUUUUCUUAAUCCUGUCUGAAAGACAGUGCCCUAUUUAGUAAAACCUCUUUUAUAGCUGUGAUAUUUUUUUCUAAUAAUAUUAUCAUAAUUUGUCCUGUGAUAUUUAUUUUUCAACAGAAAUUGGUCUCACACAGAGAAAUAUUUUUAAAACUAAAUCUCAUUAUUUUUAGAGGACUAGUAAUUUUGUGGUGUCUGAUAAUGAGUCAUGCUGUUACGCUACUUGAGUUAUAUAAUAUUGUUUAAAUUUCAGUCAAAAUCUGUAAAUUAUGUUAUUAUAUUUUGAUAUAAUGUUUAUGA